CCCCCCGUGCUUUGAGUCGGCGGGGUGUGACGUCACGGCGACGCCACGGCAGUGACGUCAGCGGAGCGCACAGCCCAGGGGUGGGCGAGGCGCUGCGGUUGAGGCCGCUGCUGGAGGCCUGGCCCAGAGGGGGGUCGGGGCCCGGCCGUGGGGGGAGCCGGGGCCUGGCCCUGAGGGGAGGCCCCGCAGCACCGGGGGGGCCCGGCCUGGCUCUUCAUGCAGGGCCCAGGGCCGCGCUGAGCCUACCCUCGGUGAGGGGGAUGGGCUGCUGGGCUCCACAACCCCCCAGGCCCUGCCUUCCCCCCCCACCGGGGGCUUGGCACAGCGCCCCACUGCCCUGAGCUGUGCCCUGACCCCUGCAGCCAGGUGGGGGGCUCAUACCUCCACCCCCGAUGGAUUCAUCUCGCCUAAGUAACGGCUGAGGGGCUGAGCCUGGUGUCGGUCGCCACAGGAGCACCGGGAGCUGCCUUCCGCCAUCCCGGCUCACAUCUGCCUUCAGGCGCUCGGUGCUGAUGGCUCCACGGGAUGUCACACCCCCGGCACUUAUAGUUCUCUGGAGGAUGGAGCCGGCAUCGGUGAGGACCAAAGUGCCCUCGUUUCUGUCUGACCUGGGGAAGGCCACGCUCCGGGGCAUCCGCAAAUGUCCCCGCUGCGGCACUUACAACGGCACCCGCGGCCUGAGCUGCAAGAACAAGAACUGCGGGACCGUUUUCCGCUACGGCACACGCAAGCAGCCCAGCGUCGAUGCCGUCAAGAUCAUCACCGGCUCUGACUUACAGGUUUAUUCGGUGCGGCAGAGGGACCGGGGACCGGAUUACCGGUGCUUUGUGGAGCUGGGGGUCUCAGAGACAGCCAUCCAGACGGUGGACGGGACCAUCAUCACGCAGCUCAGCUCCGGCCGCUGCUACGUGCCCUCGUGCCUGAAAGCCUCCACACAAGGCGUGGUGGAGAACCAGUGCCAGCACGUCAAACUGGCCCUGAACUGCCAAACUGAGGCCACCCCGCUCACCCUGAAAAGCUCGGUGCUCAGCUCCAUGCAGGCUUCGCCCGAAACCAAACAAACCAUAUGGCAGCUGGCGACCGAGCCCACGGGGCCGCUGGUGCAGCGCAUCACCAAGAACAUCCUGGUGGUGAAGUGCAAGGCCAGCCAGAAGCACAGCCUCGGCUACCUGCACGCCUCCUUCGCCCAGAAGAUGAGCGCCAAGACGCUGGUGGACCACAGGUUCUCCUGCUCCUGCCAGGCUCUGAAGCCCAGCAAGGGUGGCCCGGCUGAGGAGGAGGUGCCGCCGUCACGCUGCAUUCACUUCUUCGCCUGCAUCUGCGCCUUCGCCAGCGACGAGAGCCUGGCGCAGGAGUUUGCCGACUUCCUAACCUAUGACUCCGGCGGUCUGAAAGGGAUGGCGGUCCCGCAGCUGGUCGGCAGCGCUGAAUCCACGGCGCAGGCUGGGGAGGUGGCCGCUGCCAAGCCCAAGAAGAGGAAAAAGGACACGGCGCCGGGGGCGCAGGCGGCCAGCCCUCUCCUGGCUCAGGACCUGGCGCACAGCACCCCCAGGAGAAGCAGCCUGAAGAAGCCGGCCGUCGCCUCCUCGCUGAAAAGACAAGGCUGCACCCAGCUGCUGGACGAGUCGCAGGUGACGCUCUCCUUCCAGGACUGGCUGGCCAGCGUCACCGAGCGCAUCCAUCAGACCAUGCAUUACCAGUUUGAGGGCAAGCCGGAGCCGCUGGUGUUCCACAUCCCUCAGGCUUUCUUCGAGGCGCUGCAGCAGAGGAUCUCCAGCGGGAGCGCGAAGAAGAGGCUGCCCAACUCCACCACAGCUUUCGUCCGCAAGGACGCCCCUGCCCCUGGGCACCUUCUCCAAGUACACGUGGCACAUCACCAACGUCCUGCAGGUCAAGCAGAUCUUCGAUACGCCCGAGCUGCCCUUGGAGAUCACCCGCAGCUUCAUCCAGAACCGGGACGGGGACCUACGAGCCGUUCCGGUGCCCGAGGGUGGAGGUGGAGAGCAUCGCCGAGGCCUACGGGCACGAGCGGCAGCCCCCCAUCCGGCCCCUGGAGCUCAGGACCUUCCUCAAAGUGGGGAACACCUCCCCCACCCAGAAGGAGCCCCACCCCCUUCAUCAUCGAGUGGAUCCCCAACAUCCUCCCCCAGGCCCGCAUCGGGGAGCUGCGCAUCAAGUUCCAGUACGGCCACCACGGGGGGGCCCCCCCGACCACCGCCCCCCCCCCCGCCAUGGAGCCCGCGCUGGAGCUCCCCCCGCUCACCACCAUCACCUUCCCCUGAGCCCCCCCCUCCCCC